AUGAACUUAGAUAUUUAUGAUAAUGAAAAAUGUUUAUCAUUGAACGGAAUAAAUAAAAUGGUUGACGAUGUUUACAAUGAUAAUCUAAAUUUUUUAUUAAAGAAAAAUAAGAAUGAAUUAGAAAAGAGAGAAAUUGACCAAUUUAGUUUUAAAAUUGAAGCUCUAUUAAUAUCAUUAGAAGAGGAAACAAAAAUAUUACACAAAGAAAAGGAUGAAAUAAAAAAAAUCUUCCAAAAUAUAGCUAUACAAUUAAAAAAUGUAAAAAAAUCAAUUAAGAAGGCUGAGCAGUAUAUGGGGAAAAAUUUAAAUGAAGGAAUAAUAGAAAAUUCCUAUAAAAUCUUUGAAGAUAUUAAAAAAGAUAUUGAUAAUUUGUAA